GCACUUUUUGGGAGUGAGGGAGGCUCCGGUGGGCAGGGUGCAUGGCUGGUGGCUGGCACUCCAGCGCCCACCCCCUCCGACUGUGCCCAGGCGAGGCUCAGCCUAUUGGAGGGAUGGGCCUGUGGUUUUCUCUGCCUUGAGGGAGGGUGCCCACGGGUAGUAGAGCUGGUGGGCAGAGGGUGGAGGUUGGAGGUAGGUAGUUUGUUUUCCCUUUCUUUGGUGGUUUCAGUUCUCUACCCCUGGGUCCAGGUAGCUGGGGCCCAGGUGUCUCCCCAGGGUUCAUGGCUCCAGAGGGAGCUUCUGAGGCAGGGCCUGUGCUCUUUGGCUCAGCCCCCAUCAUCCCUGCCCUCUCCCAUCCCUGUUCCCUGGCCAGCCUGGCCCUCGGCCCAUUUCUAUGACCUUUACCCCCUCCCAUGGCUCGAGGUCCUCCCUGGGGAGCUGAGUAACUCUGCACCAGAGUUUGCAGGCUGAGCAGGGUUAGGGAUAGUGAGGCUCUCAUGGGGUGAGGGAGGCCUUCCAGUCUCUCACUGGGGUGUGGCUUUGGAGGGCAGGGGGUUUUGAAGUUUGGUCCCAUGUCUAACUCCUCACAGGCAGAGUUGAAGCAUUAAGGUGGGCAUAGUCAUCUCUCCUCUGGGGGCAGGGGUGGGAUGCAGAAGGUCCAGACUGGACCGACUGAAUCCACCCCCUAUGCCCCAAAAGCUGAGUCAGAAUGCCUGGGGUCUAGAGUGAAUGGCUUUCUGGGCCUCAGCUUCCUGGGCCUCACCUCAGGGAGGCCGGCCCCUGUGUGGACGUAAACCCUCCUGAGUAUUUGUCAGAGGGUGCACCUCAGUGUGUGUUGGGUGCUGGGCCCCCAGGGAGGCAGGUACAAAGGCCAGCCUGGCUGUGUGAGGGCCAGGGAAUGUGCAGUUUGGGAAACUGUGGGGCUGUGGUUGUGUGUUUGUGGGGGGCUGUGUCCUGGGGCCGUGCACACAAGCCCUGAACCAUAUUCAUUGUGUGGUGAAGCCCAGGUGUGGAGAGAUGGUAUCUCCAGGUUCCCUCUCUUCACGUGCGUGCCCGCACACACACAGGCUGGGGCGUGCAAGCAUGCUCUUGCCCACCCGGAUGCUUUCCAUAGACCUGCAUGCAUGAGUUUCUGCAGGACAGAGAGAGAGAGAGAGAGAGAGAGAGAGAGAGAGAGAGAGGGAGAGAGAGAGUGUGUGUGUGUGUGUGUGUGUGUGUGUGUGUCUGACUGUCAACGCUGAUGAGGCUCGGCCAACCCCUCCUUCCCUUGCCUGGCUCCUUCAGCUCAAGAGUUCCCGUUGUGUGGGGCCCCACAGGGGCGUGGGGGGCUGGGGUGGCAGCUGGCCCAAUGGGUGGGGCCCCUGUUCCUCUGACGUCAGCCUUCUCAGCCUGGGAGGGAAUCAACAGGGGCCUGGGGAGAGAAGGGGGUACUUCAUUCAGGAGUAAGGAGAGAGGCCUUAUGGUUGUCAUAAUUAGUACCAGUAAAAAUCAUGGUCAUUAACAAUGUCCAGAUUCCACUCCUGGGGGAGCUGCUCCCUCCCUAGCAAGUACCUGUCCCCUCUCCCCCUCCCUCAGCCUGGCCCAGCUGGGCCCAAAAGUCCUGGCCUUGUCCACUGUGGCCUUGGCAGGAACUCCUCUAUCCCAGGCAUGGUCCUCUGCCAAACGCUGGCCAUGUGCAUGUCCCUUGGAUUCUAGGUCUGAGCCUGGAGCCUGGAGCUUAGAACCUGGUGUGGCCUAGGCUUGGUGGGGGAGGUGGGGGGAGGAACAGGGGUUGGAAAUGCAGGCAGUCCUUAGUUUGGGUCUUUGUGACCUUGUUUCUUUCCUUUUUCCUUUUUUCUCUUUCUCUCUUUCCUUUUCUCUUCCCUUCUUCUUUGUGUAAUAUUUAUUUUUUAUUUUUAAUUAAACCCUACCCCCAAUGCGGGGCUCAAACUCAUGACCCUGACAUUGAGAGUCACACGCUCUACUGACUGAACCGGUCAGGGGCCCCUCCUUUCUUCUUUUUAACAGGUUUAUUGAGAUGUAAUUCAUAUACCGUAAAAUUCACCCAUUAAAGUGUAUAACACAGUGGUUUUUGUAUACUCACAGAGUUGUGUGAAUGUCCCCACCAUCAAUUUUUGAAAAUUUUCAUCACUCUAAAAAGACCCCGUUAACUGUCAGCAGUCACCUCCCAUUUCCUUCAAACCCACCCCCCAGCCCCUGGUGACUGCAGUCUGCUUUCUGUUUUUAUAGAUUUGUCUAUUCUGGGCAUUUCAUAGAAAUGGAAUCAUCAUAUGUAGCCUUUUAGAACUAGCAUGACUGUUUUCAUGUAGUAGUAGUAUAUAUCAGUACUUCAUUCCUUUUUCUGGCAGAAUUAAGUUUGAAUGUGGAUGGACACUCUGUCCAUUCAUCAGCUGAUAGACAUUUGGGUCGGUUCUACUUUUAGGCCAUUGUGAGUAAUACUGGUCUGAACAUCCGAGCACAAGUUUUUGUGUGAACUUAUGUUUUCAUAUCUCUUGGAGAGAUACCUAGGAGUGGACUUGCUGGAUCAUAAGUGCCACAGAACAUGGCCCCCCGAGCCGCCUAGCCAGGGCCCAUCUGGGAGAGGCAUCCUCUUCGGUGUCCUGAAGGCCAGCUCUGGACCUUCCCAGAAAAGUGCCAGCUCACAGAACUGCUUGACCGAAGGACCAGCUCUUGGGACCUCCCCCAACCCACACGGCCCCCCGCUAGAGUGGGGGAUCCAGGAGGCUGAGAUUAGCCUGUUGGCCUUGGACAGAAGCUCCAGGACAGAAGGGGGGGGUGGGCUGACCACCCAGACCCCCUCUGGGCCCAGGCCCCAUGCCCCGAGGAGGGGCAGCCUGAAGCCCGUCAGAGCCUCCUGCCAGACUGUCUGCCUACCCUUCUGACUGUGGCUGCUUGGCAUGGCCAGCAACAGCAGCUCCUGCCCAACACCUGGGGGAGGGCACCUCAAUGGGUACCCGGUGCCCCCCUACGCCUUCUUCUUCCCGCCAAUGCUGGGUGGACUUUCUCCGCCAGGCGCCCUGACCACUCUCCAACACCAGCUUCCAGUCAGCGGCUAUAGCACACCAUCCCCAGCCACCAUUGAGACCCAGAGCAGCAGUUCCGAAGAGAUAGUGCCCAGUCCUCCCUCGCCACCCCCCCUCCCCCGCAUCUACAAGCCUUGCUUUGUCUGUCAAGACAAAUCCUCAGGCUACCACUAUGGGGUCAGCGCCUGUGAGGGCUGCAAGGGCUUCUUCCGACGCAGCAUCCAGAAGAACAUGGUGUACACGUGUCACCGGGACAAGAACUGCAUCAUCAACAAGGUGACCCGGAACCGCUGCCAGUACUGCCGGCUGCAGAAGUGCUUUGAAGUGGGCAUGUCCAAGGAGUCUGUGAGGAACGACAGAAACAAGAAGAAGAAGGAGGCACCCAAGCCUGAGUGCUCAGAGAGCUACACGCUGACGCCCGAGGUUGGGGAGCUCAUCGAGAAGGUGCGCAAAGCGCACCAGGAGACCUUCCCCGCCCUCUGCCAGCUGGGCAAAUACACUACGAACAACAGCUCAGAGCAACGUGUCUCUCUGGACAUUGACCUCUGGGACAAGUUCAGUGAACUCUCCACCAAGUGCAUCAUUAAGACUGUGGAGUUCGCCAAGCAACUGCCCGGCUUUACCACCCUCACCAUUGCCGACCAGAUCACCCUCCUCAAGGCUGCCUGCCUGGACAUCCUGAUCCUGCGGAUCUGCACGCGGUACACGCCCGAGCAGGACACAAUGACCUUCUCAGAUGGGCUGACCCUGAACCGGACCCAGAUGCACAAUGCCGGCUUCGGCCCCCUCACGGAUCUGGUCUUCGCAUUUGCCAACCAGCUGCUGCCCCUGGAGAUGGAUGAUGCUGAGACUGGUCUUCUCAGUGCCAUCUGUCUUAUCUGUGGAGACCGGCAGGACCUGGAGCAGCCAGACAGGGUGGACAUGCUUCAGGAGCCGCUGCUGGAGGCGCUGAAGGUCUAUGUGCGGAAACGGAGGCCCAGCCGCCCCCACAUGUUCCCCAAGAUGCUGAUGAAGAUCACGGACCUGCGAAGCAUCAGUGCUAAGGGGGCUGAGCGGGUGAUCACGCUGAAGAUGGAGAUCCCGGGCUCCAUGCCACCUCUCAUCCAGGAAAUGCUAGAGAACUCCGAGGGCCUGGACACUCUGAGCGGACAGCCAGGGGGCGGGGGGCGGGAUGGGGGCGGCCUGGCCCCCGCCCCCGGCAGCUGUAGCCCCAGCCUCAGCCCCAGCUCAAACAGAAGCAGCCCGGCCGCCCACUCCCCGUGACCGCCCGUGCCCCGUGGACACAGCCCUCACCCCACGCCCUGGCUUUUCUCUGCCUUUCUACCAACCAUGCGACCCCCACCAGCCCUGCCCCCCACCUGUCCUCCCUUUCCUGGGGGACAGGAGGGAGGAGGCGACGACUCUUCAGAUGGAGGCCCAGGUGCAGAUGGACUGCCUGCUCCUGCAGCCUGGGCUGAUGUCAGGGGCAAGGUCAUGAACUGAGUGAGGACCCCUGGUCCUGGGCCUCAGGAUGGAGCCUGGGGGCCUGGUGUUCAUCAAGACAGCCCUCUGCCCCCCUUGCCACAUCUUCAUCACCAGCAAACGCCAGGACCUGGCUCCCCCAUACUCAGAACCCACAAGCCAUUGCCCCCCGGUCGGGAACCCCCCCCUGCCUAGGUUGGUGACAGAGGGGGUGGGCCAGGGAUGGGGGGUUCCCCCUGUACAUACCCUGCCAUACCAACCCCCAGGUAUUAAUUCUCGCUGGUUUUGUUUUUAUUUUAAUUUUUUUUUGGUUUUGAUUUUUUUAAUAAGAAUUUUCAUUUUAAGCACA